UCUAAUAUUAGCGAGGCAGGUAGGAAUUAAUGAGACGGAGAGGGUUCUGCCGCGUCGCCCCCGUGUAUCGCUGCGUCCCGCUCGCACGCACGUGGCUCGUUUCGCCGUCUCGAACGGCGCGCUCGGCAGCGGUAAACGCUCGCCACGACGGGAAUUCGGAGUCGUAGAGCCUCAUACGCGGGUCAUAAACGAUCCGCGGCCAUAGUAGAGGUGCACGCGCGAGAAUCGAUCCGAAUCGCCGGCGAUAAACGCAUCUCCCGCGAGGCGAUCGUCGCGCGCCGCGUCGCCGCCGAGCGAUGAGUUCCAAGUUCAUCAUUGAUAGCAUGCUCCCCAAGUACCAUCAGCAGUUCCAUCAUCAGAAUUUGUUCGCGGGUGCGGGAGCGUCGCCCAUAGAGGCGUCGCUGUCGUCGUCGUUGUCGUCGUCGCUGUCGACGUCGCUGUCGAGUUCGCUGUCAGGCGGGCUGGGCGCGGCGGCGCUGGGGGCUGGGUCGCCGGGCGCCGGCAGCCCGCAGCGCUCCUCAUCAUCGUCGUCGGCGUCGCCGGGCGCGCCGGCCAGGAUGUAUCCAUACGUGUCGCACCAUCAACAGUUCGGCGGAUCAGUGCCGUUCACAGCAGGAGGCUCGCUGUCUGCCGCAGAUGAUAAGAGUUGCCGAUACCCGACGGCGGUGGGCGCUGAUCCGAUGGUGAACUAUGCGCUGGGACAGCACAAUGGAGGAGCCGCGGUGUCAGCGGCGUCGGCGAGCAUGGCGGCCGCGGCGCAGUUCUACCAUCAGGCAGCGGCGUCGGCAGCGUCCGCAGCAUCAGCCGCCUCCGUGGACGCAAUGGGUGCCGCGUGCGCGCAACCCUCGGCACAGCCGCUGCCAGACAUCCCGCGGUACCCUUGGAUGUCCAUCACUGAUUUUCCAUUUCCAGAUUGGAUGAGUCCCUUCGACCGCGUGGUCUGCGGUGAGUUCAAUGGUAUUUAUCGUUUCAAAUUUAUUUUCUUUUAGUUUUAAGUAUAUUUG